CUGAGCGUUCGACGUUGAAGUUGCAGAGGGAAAGAUGAAAAGCAAAACUGCCAUUGUGAUGUGGGCUGGCCUGACUCCAGGGUUGAGUGUAUCAACGACUACAGCUUGGUGGCGCACAGCUGAGGUAUAAAAAGCCAAAGGUCUGGGGCAGUCCUGACAUUGAGUGCAGCGACUGCCUUGUGUUUUGUCGACAUCAUGCAGUCGCUGUUUGGUGAAAAUAAACGGGAAACACCAGAAGCAAUCAAAGCAGAAAUUCAAGGUGAAAUUCCAAAAUGGCUGCACGGGAUACUAAUCCGAAAUGGACCAGGCAUGCAUAAAGUUGGAGAAACUAUCUACAACCAUUGGUUUGAUGGGUUAUCAUUGCUGCAUAGUUUCACCUUUCAAAAUGGUGAGGUGCUCUACAGAAGCAAAUAUCUCCAAAGUGAUACUUACAAGAAGAAUAUAGAAGCCAAUAGGAUUGUCGUGUCGGAGUUUGGCACAAUGGCCUAUCCAGACCCAUGCAAGAAUAUUUUUUCCAAAGCAUUUUCCUAUCUUACGCACGUUAUUCCUGAUUUCACUGAUAAUUGUUUGAUUAACAUAGUCAAAUAUGGUGAGAAUUACUAUGCAUCAUCAGAAGUCAACUACAUCAGAAGAAUAGAUCCAAGAACACUGGAGACAUUGGAAAAGGUUGACCAAGCGGACUAUGUCCCUCUCAACCUGGCCACAGCCCACCCACAUUAUGAUGAAAAUAGAAACACCUACAACAUUGGCACUUCCAUUGUGGAGAAAGGCAAAACAAAGUACUUGAUUGUGAAAGUAGCAAAUGUAAAGCCAGGUGACAAGAAUGCGUGCUUUAAGAAUUGUGAAAUAUUUUGCUCCAUUCCUUGUCGCUCACUCCUCAGUCCCAGUUACUACCACAGUUUUGGAAUGUCCGAGAACUAUAUCAUUCUCUUAGAACAGCCAUUUAAACUGGAUAUACUCAAAAUGGCAACAGCUUACUUCAAAGGAGCAAACUGGUCCAGCUGCUUGGGCUGGCAUCCAAAGGAGAAGACCUAUAUUCAUAUCAUAGACAAAAGAACGAAGAAGGCUCUACCCACAAAGUUCUACACAGAUGCACUAGUGGUUUAUCAUCAUGUCAAUGCAUAUGAAGAGAACAACCAUUUAAUUUUUGACAUCAUCGCAUAUGAAGACAACAGCUUGUAUGAAAUGUUCUACUUGGCAAAUAUGAAGUUGGUUGAUAAUGAAUUUGAAAUGAAAGGCAAAAUCUUCACUCUUCCAUAUUGCAAAAGAUUUGUAAUUCCCUUGGACGUCGAUGAGAACAUAGACUUGGACACAAACAUUGUCAGACUCCAUGGAACUACGGCACGGGCACUAAAGCAGCAAGACGGAUAUGUGUACUGCACACCUGAAGUGUUAUUUGAAGGAAUAGAGCUUCCUCGGAUAAACUACGAUUACAAUGGCAAGAUGUACAGAUACAUUUACGCAUCCAAAGUUCUGUGGCAACCAAUCCCAACAAAGAUAAUUAAAUGUGACAUUCUGACCAGGAGUUGCCUGGAGUGGGAGGAAGAACAUUGCUGGCCCGCUGAGCCAGUGUUUGUCAAAGCUCCGGAUGCCAAAGAUGAGGAUGAUGGUAUCCUGUUAUCUUGCAUUGUGUCUACUGAUGCCAAGAAAUCUUCAUUUUUACUUGUGCUUGAUGCUAAAACGUUCAAAGAAGUGGGCCGAGCUUCUGUUAGCGCUGAUAUGCAUCUGGAUCUUCAUGGUAUAUUUAUUCCCGAGACGGAGCUAAGCGCAAACAUUUAAAAGUGUGCUGCCUGUGAAGGAGAACAAUUGGAUGGCCACUCUAUUGAACUACCACACUAGCAAAUUGUUGGACAGAAAAAAAAGGGCAGAAAACUCUUGUGUCUUGCGUUGGCAAACUUCCUGUGAGUAACAAAAAAUUAAUGGCAAUUCAGAUUCAAUCCUGUUGGGUGAAACUGUUGUGAGAAAUGUUUUCAGUCAAUCAAGUCAUUUCGCAACCAAGAUGCAAUAAAUGUACAAAUAAGGAGAACGCCAAUGUGAGCAUUCAGUGAUCAGGGACAUAAAAUAGAAUUACGGUUGACUGGAAGUUAAUUAGUAUAUUUUAAAUGGAUUUAUAUGUACUAAGACAUGAUUUAAGGUUACAGAUAUUAAAGCAUUGCCCUACUUUCUAAAUGAUUUUUUUUUGCUAUAAGAUAAGUAGUCAACAUGAAAGUCUACUGUAAGAUAAUUUAGCAAAGGCUUUGAUGGUUUGUGUUUGAGCUAAAAUGUCUAAUCACUGACAUUUUCAAUUGUGAUCAACAGAAAAAUGUCAAUUUUUGAAGAUAUUUCCAUUAUACAUUAUAUAAGUAUAAUCAAUGCUUUCAAAAUAAUUGAGGUUGUACAUAGUUAUGGAAUUGAACCAACCUGCGUAUGUUUAAACAAGAAGGUGAAACUACAACAAUAUACAUAUUGUUACUAUUUAAGGGAAGACAGUGUCAGGGAAAAUAGCAUCACAGGGUAUGGAAAUAAAGAAAGGUUUUGAAGCCAUGAAAUGUGUAAAAGGACAUAAAUGGAAUGUAAAAUGGAUAGCUAAGUAGACCAAUUAAAUAUUUAUUAUUUUAAUUAUAUCAUUGAAUCGUUAUAUUUCCCAGUCACAUUGAAAUCUAAUUGCCAAACUGAUGAUCAGGUUCACAACUAGAUUUAUGAUCAAGUUCCUCAAUAGCCUCAUGUAUAACAGAGCUGCUCAAUGCUCAGUGUUGUUUCACAGAAGGUUGUGAACCUCUGAAAGAGUGGCUCCUGAGAAACCAACAUGGAUCAAAGUCAUAGCUUGUAGCGUGUGCAAAAAGUCAACUGGAAUGGAAUUCUAACUCAGCGCUUAAAUGCAUGGCAUGUGUUGUUAAAGUUGCAUUUGGAAUGACAAUACGAAGAUGGCUAUGUUCUAGAUUAAUAUAUAUUGUUGCCCAAAUGUUGGGUGAAGUGUGUAAACGGUCUGUGAUAGGACAAGCAUUGGGAAAGUGUACAGGGUCCUGCUAUUUCAAUCUGAUGGAAGAAUUUCCUCUGGUAAGUAAACUAAGGGAGAGUAACAUCAAUAAUCUUCUUGUAUUGUCAUGUUGCUGUCUGAGUCGGUCACUGUCAACCAGUGUCAACCAAUCAUACAUAACAGCAGACCAGAUUUUAUCAAAGUAAUUGACACUUUAUUAUUCAUUAUCACUGAGCAAUUGUAAAAUGAUAGGUUAAGUGGAUCAAUAAUCCAUUGCAAUGAUAUGUUCUUGCUGCUUCUGGGUUAUUAAAUCAGAAAUCACU